UGUCAUAUGAAUUUAAAGUUUGAAGGUUAUACUGAGAAUCGCGUUUACUUUUCAAGGUAGCUGCUGGUGGGAAUUGUUUCACAACGCUACCCAUGAAGGUCACACACACUUACCAGAAGUACAAACCCGAAGCUACUUAUGGGAUUAUCGCUAGCGAUUCCUGCAAAGUCAGUUAUGUGCCAGGCAAAAAUCGUAAAGAUGGAGAAUACUGUUUAUGUGGGGCAGGUGAAUUAGCAGUUGUGUGGAAGCCUAGAACUUCAGAAAAAGUUCAUAUCUUCUCCAGGGAAUCAGGAUUCUUUCCUGUAACAUGUCUCAAGGCUUCUGGAACAUCAGAGGUGGAUUAUAGAGUGGCUGUUGGCUAUGCGGACGGAGCUGUCAAUAUUUUUAAUAUGAAAUCUGGUGAUAUUGAAGUUCACUUCCGUGCUGGUCGCACCAGGGUAACAUCUAUGGACUUACAAAGUGACUUACUUGUCUGUGCUGCGGACUCAGAAAUUAAUCUCUUUGACGUUGUUUCUGGCACUGGUACAAGAAUGAAAGGACACCAUGGGAUUAUCACUCGUCUUAAAAUAUUAGUUGAUAGAAAAAUGCUUAUAUCUAGUGCACAAGAUAGUUUUAUCAAAUUUUGGGACUUGAAGACUCAACAUUGUUUCGCUACAUUGACGGGACACCCAGGACCCGUGUGGGAUUUCGCACUUGCUCGUCGUGAUGAGUUACUCGUUAGUGGAACUAAUGACCAUAAUUUGAGGGUGUGGCAUAUAAAUUAUGUGGAACCUGUAACUGCAAAUGAUUUAUGUGAAACACAGACUGACAAGACUAUUCCAGAUCGUAGCGAAACGAUAACUCCACUAAGCGAAACCCAGUUUCAAAUUAAUGCACAAUUUUUGGGUUGUGUCCAGCGUUCUGGUGUACGCCGUGUUCAUUGUUUGGCUUUUGACCCUACUGGAACUUACCUCUUGUGUCAGUCUUUCGAUCGAUGUCUUGAAAUUUUUCGACUUCUAGAUGAAGACGCAAAGGUGAAAAGAUUACGCAAAAAGACUAAAAAGGCCAAAGACAAAGGAUUACCAUCGUCUAAUAUUACUCUGGGUGCUGAGGAUGAACUGCUUCCUAUCCUACGAAUUGCCCUUUCCGCUAAACCCAGUAGCUGUGAUAUUUUGGCACCUCAACUGGUCACUGAUCACGACACACAGAAGCAUCUUCUUCGUUUCAUCUGCUCCCUAAAAAAUAAUAUGUUAGAGGAAAUGCAACUAUCAAUUCCUUUGUCUCCCUUCAAACUACAAACUUUACAACCGACAAGUGCAUUAACUAAGAAAUGUCCAAAUGUUCGCCUGUUGAAUACUGUUUCAAUCUUUGGACAUAGAAGUUCAGUAAUUGCUUGCAGUCUUACCAGUGAUAAUUUUGGCAUCUUUACACUAUCGAAAACCGAAGCAAAGCUGUGGAGUAGACGGUCAACUGCAUGUCUAGCAACAUUAGAAUGGAAAAAUCAGUCGCGUUCUAACGAUGAUACAUCUGAUGAAGUAUCUGCGAACAAAUCGCUACCAUCUAAAGCAUCAUCGAUGGUACUUGCUCCAGGAGAUCGUCAUGUUGUCAUUGGUUUUGAGACCGGCCACUUACUUUUAUUCGAUCUUACCUCCAAGUCAGUCGUCCAGAGUAUUGAUGAUGCUCAUAAUGGUGCUGUACGAACUUUAGCUAUAACAGGAGAUAAGAAAGGAAUUAUAUCUGGUGGUUCUGAUAAACAAGUACGGUUCUAUGAUUUUCACUUAAAAACUGCUGAUAACGGCAAGCCAUGUCUCUGUCUUGUUGAGAGUAAUCCAGUGAAAACUGUUUCCGAUCAGAUCAGUUGUUUGUCCGUCUCACCGAAUAAUCGACUAGUGGUUGUUGCAUUAAUGAAUUUUCAUGUGGAUGUGUUUUUUACUGAUUCAUUCAAGCGUAUACACUCACUAUAUGGUCAUUCUGCUCCAGUAGUUAGCUUGGAUAUUUCUUCUGAUAGUCGUUUAAUCAUUACAGGAAGUAGUGAUAAGACUGUUCGUUUGUGGGAAUUGCAGUUUGGUAAUUGUCAACGACGAUUUACCUCACAUUUGGAACCCGUAACUUGUGUUCGGUUUAUUCCGCACACUUCUUUGGCUGUUUCCUGUGAUCAAGGUGGACAAAUUAAACAAUGGGAUAUAAAGAAGUUCCGCGAAAUCACCACCCUCAAAGGUCAUACUGGCUCUGUAACCUGUUUGGCUACGGGAGUUAGAAAUACCGCACUUUUGACACGUAAAGAUACACCGAAACUGCAGCUAUCCCGCAAGUCACGUUCUAAAGGCCGUCAAGAAGAAGAAGAAGAGAUGGACGAUGAAAUGGAUGAAUUAUGGGGUGGUAUCAUUGUAUCUGUUGGUCAAGACUUCAGCAUACGGAUAUGGGAGGAGGCCGAUGAAUUAUUGAUUUUAGAAGAAGAGGAACAAAUUGCACGAGAGCAAGAAGAAGAAGAAGAGGAGUUGGUCCGAUCUGAAGCAGUUAUUCCAGGAGCAAUGCCUGCAGAAGCUAGUGAGAUAGGUCCAUUAGGUCGACCAACUGGCGACACAAGAGAUGCGGCUGAUAUGUUCAUGGAAGCCAUAGAUAUUUAUGAAGAAGAAAUGGCAAAACGGAAAAGUGGAGCAAAAAGCGUUGCACCACAUCCAUUAAUGGUUGCAAAAGGUACUGACUGUCCGGAAAAAUUCCUUCUGAAAAGCCUGAUGGCUUUAAGAGCACCAUAUUCUCGCUUGGGAGGUGGUGGUGCAGGUCUAGAACACACUCUGGGUGCUAUUACGAGUGAUCAUGCUCGUCGACUUCUUCCUAAAUUAGCUGAUUGGCUAUCUCGUGGUUGGGAGGUUGAACUUGUCGGACGUGCAAUUCGUCACUUGGUGACACUACACUUUGGUCUUGUAAUGUCAUGUACAGAGUUACGCGAUGUAAUCCGUCAGUCCUCCAAAGCUCGAAUGGAUCAAUUAGUUCGUGCUAAAAAUCUUGUUGGCAUGAAUUUAGCAGGUUUAGAAUGCUUGACAAGGAAAUUACAAGAGGCUCAACAGAUUGAUUUAUUCGAUGAACUGAUAACAGCUCGGGACAAAAGAAUUAGAAAGCACAAAGCUAAACAGGCUCGUCUAGCGCCAUUACUUCCAGACUAAUUUGUAUCUGAAUACAUGCACAUGUAAAUAAAAAAAUGUUUUGUAAAAGAAGUCACACUUUUUCCGACAUCUAUUUUUUGCCAUUAUAGUGUUUAGUAGAGAGAAAAGGUUGAGUGAGUAGUAUUAUCACACAUUCUCCAUCGGUGACAAUUUUGCUUUCAAAUUGUUACAUUGGUACUAAAGUUUACACAAUGCAAAGUUGUGAAUAAUUUGUUUGUGUUAUCCGUAAAAGAAUGUAAAUGUCAAGAAAAUCUUUUCUUCAAUGAAAAUAGUCAAAAAUUUUAGUCUUCACUUUCUCAACAUCAGGAUUUCAUAAUUUUGAUAUUAUUAUCUUGUCAAAUAAGAAUUGCAUUUUCAAACUGUUAGUAUA